AUGACAUCUCCAUACCCGCCAUUUAAUUCAAUCUCACCAUCCGAUAUGGCUAGUGCGCCCAACAGAUCCGUUUCGGACUUGCCACAGUCUCAGGUGGACGCCAUCAUUCGAACGAAGCGCAAAGCGCGCGAACCGAAAGCUUGCUACCCAUGCCAUGCGCGCAAGGUAAAAUGUGAUCGGAACCUGCCAUGUGAUGGGUGCGUCAAGCGUGACCAUGCAGAUCUCUGCUCCUACGAACGCCCCUCCAAGAAACGGUCCCAAGCCUUCCUUGAGAGUCCCGUGGCUGGCGCCUCGGCAUCUUCCACAGUGGAUCAGCCUGCGUUCUAUGGCUAUGACGAUCACUCAUCGAAUAUAAAGGACGAGCAUGUUCCCAAUCAGCGGAAUGGGACGACCAAUGCAAGUGGGCGCGUGUCGAUUGCCCGAGACGAAUGGGAGAAUGUGCGCAACCGACUGCGAGAGAUGGAGUCGACCAUAUCCACUUUGCGCAUGGGGCUCGAGCGGGCUGAAGAAGAACCCGCUGUGACUGUAGAAUCCGGGAGCAUGCAGAGUGGAGAUGCGGGUUCCCGUUCUAAGGGCGCAUCGCCAGAGCGUGAGGGCAUUCAUGCUGCAAACACGCUUGGCCAAGGCACCGUCCACUUGGGCUCGCGUUCAGUUCUAGCUUAUAUUCUCAAUAACAAGACUGGAUCAGAUCAACUCCAGACCCUGUUAGAGGGAGGCAUAUUGCCGAAGUUGGGACUUGAUAACGAGUCUGCAACUUAUCCAUUUGUUGAUCUGUGGUCUUCCGACAUGUCAACCUUUGACAUUAGCGCCGUUUGUAGUGCGCUCCCCACAGACCAACAGUGCAGAGAGUUUUUCUACUGUUACAAGGAAAUUGCAGGGGCGAUUUAUCCUGUCAUUGAAGAUAUACGUGACUUCGAAAAUAAUCUGGAGCUUCUUUUGCAAAACAGAAUCGCUUCCGGUGGGGUGUAUCGAGAGGAUGCCGACGAGGCGCAAAAUCCCUUUGGAGUGAGCAUUGCUUACUUGGGCCUCCUGUUCUCUGUUCUGGCAUCUGGCACCCAAUCAUCCGACCUUGGAAGCAAAGAACGAGAACUGACCUCGCAGGUCUACGUCUGCUGUUCCUACCAGUGCCUCCGUAUGACCAACUUCCUAUCCCAACCAACAAUCGAAGCCAUCCAGACACUCCUCGUAAUUGGUAAUGUCUUGUCUUACAACAUGAAUCCCGGAAUCUCGUAUGUAUUGCUGGGCAUGACACUUCGAAUGGGAUUGGCGCUAGGUCUGCACGUUGAGUCGAGCAGGUUUUCACCAGCUGAGCGGUAUCGCAGGCGACAUGUUUGGUGGUCAAUGGCAUGGCAGGAUAGCCAUUUUUCUCUUUCGUACGAUCGCCCUUCUACUACAGCAGUCAGCCAGCCAGACAUCGCAUACCUGGAGGGCUCUAAAGCCGGCGAUCUCUCGUACUUUGAAACUCUUUGUCGCGUCAUUUCCCUGGCGUUGGAAGUGGUUCGCAUUCGAAUGCUUAGCCCUCAUGCACAAAUCAGCUUUGAGAGCAUCCAAGGUUACAAGGAAAGAAUCCAGACUAUCAUGGAUGAAGCAAAAUUUUAUUUACGCGACGCCAAAUGGUGUUCCACUCCAAGUGAACAUCUGGAGCGGGUUGUGCUGAAACUGCACUCUUCAUACUUUGCGUCGGAGCUUUGCCGACCCUCGUUAAAACUAACAGCCAAUUCCGCCGACGCUAGUACUGCCAGCAUGCGCGCUGACUGCGUGUCUAAUCUGAUGAUCACCGUGGAGUCCUAUAUCGAACUGCACAAUAUUAGCUCACACGCUGGCCGAUCAUGGAUUGCGUUGCAACGGGCGAUUAGUUCUGCAUUUUUGCUCGCUGUUGUUGAAGAGGCCAAAUCUGAUCCCAAGGUCUGGAAUCUUCUGCGACAGCUAGAGGGUAUCAUUGCGCAGCGAGCUACUAGUGAGAGGGCUUUUGACGGCGCCGAUUCCAGCAUGACCUCACCGCCGCAGCCGAACACAUACGAUCCAAUCACUGGUGCAACUAAUCCGCCGAAUUAUGUUCCACCUGCCUUGGAUCCUACAUCCCCUGCUGGUGUCCCUGAAACCCAGACACAAUGGGCCAAGUCCUUGGCCAAAACUCACCGCGCUUUGCAAAAGCUCCUCACGGCCUUUGGCAAUCAGACUACACGCCCUACGAAUGGACGGAGUCCUGCAUUUAUAUCCCAGCAUAACGCGAACCCGACUGCUGCUGCCAAUCUGGGUGUCUUCGUUGCUCCUGGUUCGGCUAGUAUGACCCCCAGUGUCGGGUCUCUCCCACCGCCAACGCCGGAAAGUUCAGGGAGUGGUGAAUGGACCAUACCCAAUAUUCUUGACCGUGCCCAGGAGUAUAUUCACCCGCCACUAUGGGGGUAG